AUGGAGCUGUUAUUUCUUUUUAGUUCGCUUUUCAUUGGGAUUCAAACUUUCUCGUGUCCAAGUGGAAGUGAACCGAUGCCGAAAGAGGAUGUGUGCAUGUUUUUGAUUAAUCAAACUGUCUCCUACAUGAACGCGUUUCGUCGUUGCCUUAUAUUAGGUGGAAUCCCGGCAAAAGUUCAGAACUCUUUCGAGAAUGCCUACUUGUUCGCAGUGGCGCCAAAUGAACUUGGAAACAACAUUUAUCCCUACAUUGGCGUGGAAAGAGACGCCGAUUACACUUGGAAUUACGCGGACGGAUCACCGCUUGCUUAUGUGAAUUGGGCUCCGAAUGAGCCAAACAAUGCAAGUGCUGCGAAUUCGUGUACCGCUUUGAACUUGCAAACUGGAAAAUGGAUAUCAAGUGAUUGCACUUUGGCUCGACCUUUCAUCUGUUCAAUCAAUGGAGAUGAUUUUCAAUGUCCUAAUGGAUGGGUCUACUAUGAUAAGACUGAUUCGUGCUAUUACCUGCAGAACUUCACCUAUGCGGACGGGACUCAUUGGCAGACUUACACUUUCACGUCAGCGGAGGCAAUCUGCCAAAAAAUGGGCUCACAUUUGGUCUCCGUUCACAGUGAAUACGAGAACAACUUUUUGAGCGAUCUUCUCACAACAGAUGUUCUCAAUGCACCUGUAGCCACACCAUGCAACUAUUUAUGGGCAUGGAAUGGUUUAUACGGAACAGGAGCUGUUGGAAGUGGGACUUGGACUGAUGGAUCACCGGUCAACUAUAGUGGUCAUUCGCCAUAUAGUGGCGGUUCAACGAAUUGGGUGAUGGGCAAUGAUCGCCGUUGCGCUAAAAUGGGAUGGCUGAAUAGAUCGAGCAGUUCGCCAACUGCUCGUUUCAUCUGCAAGAGCCCAUCGCAGAGAAGUCUCAGAAUGAUGUUUAAGCAGCACAUU